UGGAAGAAAACCUUCAUGUAAAGAGCAUGGUUGAGAUUCAUGAAAUCGUCAACGCAUCAAGUGAUAUUUCUUUUGAUAGUCAUAGUGUAAAGGGGUUGGGUUCACAAACAUCCUCUGAGCUGAAGGAGCGUUUAAAAAAAUUGAAAGAAGAGAGAAUAAAUGGAAAUUCUGAAGCUGUGCUUUCCCGCAAAGAGAUGUUCGAGGAGGAUUCUGAGGUUCUCUUGUGGGUCAGUAGAAGUCGGAAGCUUGAGGAAAAGAGGAGUACGGAAAAAGAGAAGGCUAUGGUCCUUUCAAAGAUGCUUGAUGAACAGGAUAAAAUUCUUGAUGAAAGUGAGGAUGAAGGGUCAGCUGAUGACAGUCACAAAUAUUUAGCUGGAGUGAAAGUUCUUCAUGGCCUUGAUAAAGUGAUGGAAGGUGGUGCGGUUGUUCUGACCUUGAAGGAUCAGAAUAUUCUUGCAGAUGGUGACAUUAAUGAAGAGGUUGAUAUGCUUGAAAGCGUGGAGAUUGGCGAGCAGAAGCGUAGAGAUGAGGCUUAUAGGGCUGCCAAAGGGAAAACUGGGAAAUAUGAUGAUAAGUUCAGUGAAGACCAGGCUUCUAGGAAGACAAUACUUCCACAGUACGAUGAUACAGUUGAUGAUGAGGAAGUUACAUUAGAUGAAAUCGGGCGCUUUACUGGUGAAGCAGAGAAGCAAUUGGCCAAAUUACGCAGAAGGAUAGAAGGAAACAGUUUGAAAAAGGGUUAUCAAGACCUAUCUUCAUCUGGGAAAAUUCAGUCAGAUUACUUCACUACUGACGAAAUGCUUCAAUUUAGGAAGCCUAAGAAAAAAAAAUCUUUAAGAAAGAAAGAAAAGUUAGAUUUGGAUGCCCUUGAAGCAGAAGCCCGAGCUGCUGGGUUAGGCCUUGGGGACCUUGGUACAAGGGCUGAUAUGAAGCGGCUGUCUGCCAGAGAGGAGGAAGAGAAAAGUAUGGCUGAAGCAAGGAGUAAUGCUUAUCAAGCAGCAUUAGCUAAAGCUGAGGAGGCUUCAAAAAUUCUACGCGAGGGGCAUUCUUUGAUUUCCAAACCAGCUGAUAAUGACAAUAUUGUUUUUGGAGAAGAUUAUGAAGACCUCCAGAAAUCUCUUGAACAAGCUAGAAAACUUGCUUUGAAGAAACAGGAUGAAGUAGUUCCUUUUUCUGGCCCUCAAGCAGUAGCUCUUUUAGCUACAGCUCAUAAAGAUCAAGAUGAUGCUCAAGAUUCUGCAGCAGGAGACGCUCAGGAAAACAAAGUUGUGAUCACAGAGAUGGAGGAAUUUGUGUUGGGUUUACAAAUUAAUGAAGAAACAAAUAAUCCUGAUUCUGAAGAUGUUUUUAAAGAUGACGAAGAUGUUCCUAUGUCAAUUGAUCAAGAUACAAAAGGUGAGAUUGGUAGCUGGACAGAAGCAAAAGAAAUCGAAAUGGAUGAACUGUCCAUUUCUGAAGAGAGAGGAAAUAUUACCCCAGACGAGAUCAUCCAUGAGACUGCAGUUGGAAAAGGAUUAGCAGGUGCACUUAAGUUGCUCAAGGAUCGUGGGACGUUGAAGGAAAGCAUUGAUUGGGGCGGUAGAAAUAUGGAUAAAAAGAAAAGUAAAUUGGUUGGCAUCUAUGCUAAUGAUGGUUCAAAGGAAAUUCGCAUUGAAAGAACUGAUGAGUUUGGUCGAAUAAUGACGCCAAAGGAGGCCUUCAGGAUGCUUUCCCACAAGUUUCAUGGUAAAGGGCCUGGAAAGAUGAAACAAGAAAAGCGUAUGAAGCAAUAUUUGGAAGAUUUAAAGACUAAACAGAUGAAAGCCUCGGACACGCCAUUAUUAGCAAUGGAAAAAAUGAGAGAAGCUCAAUCUAGACUGAAAACCCCUUACCUCGUACUCAGCGGACAUGUGAAACCAGGGCAAACCAGUGAUCCAAGGAGUGGCUUCGCAACAGUGGAGAAAGACAAUCCAGGGAGCUUGACUCCAAUGCUCGGGGACAAAAAAGUUGAGCGUUUUCUUGGUAUAAGUAGCAGACAGGACUCUGACAGCAUGGGCCCUCCACCAACAAAGAAGCCUAAGAUGUAAAUCCAUGGCAACUCUAGCAGUUCCCUGUAGCAGGAGUAUGCUAUCUACUACAGGCAUUUUGAAGCACAAGGCGCAGCUUUAUUGAGGUCAAAUUACUCGUCAAGAAGUCUAUGUAACUUUUGUUUCUGAAGGGGAUUGGCAAUUAUCUUCGCGAAGGUUCUUUCAUAUUCUGUAAAGUUCUCAACUCAUUGGGAGCUGCAACACUAUUAUCAGCGAACUAAUUUCUUUUUUAUAGUUUAUUUCUUUAACGAUAUUAUUAUGUUCUUUACUCCAGAGAGUGCUUAUUGUAACUGUAUAGCUUGUGAAUUGUGAUAACAGGGCAAUACCAAGGUCAAUAUGAUUUUUUUUAGUGAAGAUAGCCUGUAUUUGAUUGCUGUAAUGAUGUAAGCUUGUACUGCUU